AUGGUUUCAAUCGAUCCAUUGGCCGGUGAAAGAUGGCGAAGUGUACGUAGACUAACAGAUCGACAUUCCACCUACGCACCAGAAUGGUUUGAAGCCGGACAAGAGAAUUUCAACAUUGUGCAAUCAGCCAAAAUUCUAGUGAUUGGUGCCGGAGGCUUGGGUUGCGAAUUGUUGAAAAAUCUCGCGUUGAGCGGGUUUCGAAACAUUGAUGUGAUUGAUAUGGACACGAUUGAUGUGUCGAAUUUGAAUCGACAAUUUUUGUUUCGUGAAAGUGAUGUGGGCAAAUCGAAAGCGGAGGUGGCGGCGAAUUUUGUGAGGGGACGAGUUGAGGGAUGCAAUGUGACUGCGUAAGAUAUCUAGAUUUGGGGGGAAAAAUUAUAAAAUAAUCUCUUCUUCAAAUUUCCAGCCACAAUUGUCGAAUCGAGGAAAAAUGCGCAGAAUUCUAUCGAAAAUUCAAUCUCGUCAUAUGCGGCCUGGAUUCGAUUGCUGCCAGACGAUGGAUCAAUUCGAUGUUAUGCGAUUUGGCCAGAUUCGAAGACGACGGAAAAACUGUUGAUUUGCAGACGGUUAUUCCGAUGAUUGAUGGGGGAACUGAGGGAUUUAAAGGUACAGGGAACUUUUGGAAUCGAGAUUUUUAAUAAAAUAUAUGUUUUCUAGUAGUUUUCGGCUAUCUAAAAAUUCAGAACUCAACUUCUAAUAUGAGUUAUCAUUUGUAAGUGGCAAAUUCAUACAUAAAAUAGGUCCCCCGAGUCGUUUUUUGUUUUCAAAGUUAGGGUUCCUCCUUGAAAAUUUUCCAAAGUUAAACACCUUCCUCACAUUUUUGAGCGAAUUUUGGACAAAAUCUGGGAAUUUUGGUAAAUUAUCAGCAGAAAAUUGGCCAAGUUAGAAAAAAAAGUUAAGCCCAUCACCCCGAUUCUGGGGACCCAUUUUAUGUAUGGGCAAAUUUCGAAAAUUCAGGAUUCUAUGAGCUAAAAACUAACAAGAAAAGUGCAUAGUUCUGAAAUUUUGAUAAAACACAUCGAAACAUACCAAAUCGACCAUGCUGAUCACGAAUCCGAAGUCAAAAAUUGCCACAAAUGCCUGUGAGCACUUUUCUGGAGCUCCAAAAUUUCUGGGUUUCGCCCAUUUUCACCAUUUUCCCGGUAAAAAAAUCAAUUUUUAUGACUUGGAUAAGGUUGUUCACCACAUUCGAAAACCUUAUCCAAGUUAUAAAAGUUGAUUUUUUACCCAGGAACAUGAUGAAAAUUGGCGAAAACCAGAAACUUUGGAGCUCCAGAAAAGUGCUCACAGGCAUUUUUGGCAGUUUUUGACUUCGGAUUCGUGAUCAGCAUGUUCGAUAUGGUAUAUUUCGACGUUUUUCAUCAAAAUUUCAGAACCUAUGCACUUUCCUUAUUAGUUUUUAGCUCCUAGAGCCCCGAAUUUUCGAAAUUUGCCACUUACAAAUGAUAAAUCAUAUUAGAAGUUGAGUUCUGCAAUUUUAGAUAGCCGAAAACUCCUAGAAAACAUAUAUAUUUCACUAAAAGUUCCCUUCUCCAGGAAACGCUCGUGUAAUCUACCCACGUAUGUCAGCCUGCGUCGAUUGCACCCUCGAUCUUUUCCCGCCACAAAUCAAUUUUCCACUAUGCACAAUCGCGCACACUCCUCGACUUCCCGAACACUGCGUCGAAUAUAUUAAAGUCGUUGUUUGGCCCAAAGAAAAAUCUGAAGAGAAUUUGGAUGCGGAUGAUCCGAAACAUGUGGAAUGGGUUUAUGAGAAGGCGAUUGCGCGGGCUAAAGAAUAUGGUGAGGAAUUUAGCGGAACUCCAAAUAAUACCUAGAAAUUCUUGCAGAUAUUCGUGGAGUGACUCGUCGUUUGACUUCGGGAGUUUUGAAACGUAUUAUUCCGGCGGUCGCAUCGACAAAUGCUGUAAUUGCAGCUUCUUGCGCGCUGGAAGCUCUGAAAUUGAUCUCGAAGUAAUUUUUGAAUUGGAAGAAAAUCUCUUGGAAAAUGAUUUUUUAUUGUGAAAAAUUGGCAAAAUUAUCCAAAAAAAUAUUUGCAGCAUCGGCCAACCAAUCAAUAAUUAUCUGAAUUUCACCCAAACGCAUGGCGCAUUCACAAGUGUUGUUUCGAUGGAAAAAGAUGAGAAUUGUGCGACUUGUAGUGGUGGAAGUUUUACGAUUGAUGUCUCGGAGAUGAGCUCGCUUUUUGAGCUCAUUGAGAAGUUGACAGCGAAAUUGUGGGUUUUUUUUCAAAAAAAUUGUGAAAAUUAGAGCUGCCACGUGGCAUUUUUUGAAAUGAAAAUUUAGGCCCUAAAGAUUUUUAUUGAAAUUUGAAAAAAUUGAAAUUUUGAGAAUUAGAGCUGCUAAAUUGCCACGUGGCAUUUUUUCGAAGUCAAAAAAAAUGGAAUUUCGAAAAUUUGUGCUUCAAAGAUUUUUAUUGAAAUUUGAAAAAAAUUGAAAAUUCGAAAAUUAGGGCUCCUAAAUUGCCACGUGGCAUUUAUUUUUAAUUUGAAAAAUUGAAAAAAUUUAAUUUUUUUGCUCUCUAAUUUCCACGUGGAUUUUUCGGAGCCGAAAAAUUGCAUUUCGAAAAUUUAAGCUUCAAAGAUUUUUAUUGAAAUUAGAAAAAAAAACUGCCCAAAAAUUUGGAAUUUUGAAAAUUAGAGCUGCUAAAUUGCCACGUGGCGUUUUUUUUUGAAUUGGAAAUUCGAAUUUCGAAAAUUUAGUCUUCAAAGAUUUUUAUUGAAAUUUGAAAAAAUUAGUAUUUUGAAAAUUUGAGCUGCUGAAUUGCCACGUGGCAUUUUUUUUCAAAAUUAAUUUUUUUGGCUCCAAAAAAAUCAAAUCCUGAAAAAAAUGCCACGUAAAUAUUUGAAAAAAAAUUCAAAUUUCAAAAAAAAAAAAUGCCACGUGGAAAUUUGAAGCCGAAGAAAAACGAUUUUUGAAUAUUUUUUGCUCCGAAAAUUGCCACGUGGCAUUUUUUAUUUAAAUUUGAAGAUUUAAAUUCUAGAUUCCCAAUUUUCAACCAUAUUUUCAGCCAUCUACGAAAUCCGAGUCUCGAAACGGCCACCAAUAAAUUGUACUAUAUUUCCGCAUUUCUACCCCAGUUGGAAGAAUCGAGCAAAGCGAAUCUGGAGCGAAAAUUGAAGGAUUUGGUGAGAGAAGGCGAAGAGAUUCUGAUGGCCGAUGAAAGUUUGUCGAAGGCGAUGUCAUUGAGAUUGAGAUUUGUUUGA